CCCCCAGCGCACAACCACAACUCCCACGCGCCCGUCAAGGAGUUCCUCGACGACGCCGCGCUGCACGAGUGGCACGACUUCCCCCCAACGUACAUGGACGCCGACUUCCGGCUGACGCCCGACAAAGUGAUCUUCGGCGAGGUGUUCCCCGCAGACUGGGACGCAGCUACAGUCGCGAGCCACCCGGGGCUCAUGUUCGCGCACGUCGCAUGCAUGGUCAUCGCGUACUUUGUGCUUCUGCCCAUCGGCCUCGCCCUCCGUGCAGCGGGGCACCCCGCGCACUUCAUCGUGAGCGGGGCGUCGUUGGCUGUCGCUGCGCUCGGGUGGUUCGCGGGCGUCGCGUACAAGGCUGCGAUGCCUGAUCUCUAUCCCGGUGCCAAGCACGGGGGGAUCGGGAAUAUCCUGCUCCUCACCCAAAUUACGUUGACUGUCGUCGACUCGCUCGCGCUUAUCAAGCGCUGCGUGGCGUUCUCGCGCUCCGGCAGCCGUCGAGGUUGGAAGCUAUUCCUCCACGAUGCCCUCCGCAUCUCGGAUGGCGGACCCACCGUUGCGAACAGGUACGAGAUGGUCGGAGUGCAUGACGAAGAGGACGACGGCGACGUCACCCGCUGGCGUGCAAUAUUCGUGGUCGGCGACGAGGACGAUUCGCGGCCCCCUUCGCCCCCUUCUUUGCCGUCGCGCCAGAGCACAGGCUCCGAGGGCACGCUGCACGAGUCGCCGACGUCGUCACGCCAGUCGCACCAUAUGUUUGAGCUGGACGGCGGGCGGUUGCGCAAGAUGGGCACGAUGCCCUCCCGCGGCGCCUUUGACCAGGAGCACACUCCCGCGUGGACGAUCGCCCCCGACAGCGCACCGGAGCAGGUGUCGCGGCGCGCGAGCGCCACGCGUGCUGUUCAAAUCGUGCUCACCUGGAUCCGGCGAACGCAGGUUGUGCUCGCAUACGUCGCGGUGUGCACCGGCAUCCCUGUGUACGUCGGCAUGUGUCGCGCCGGCUUCAUCAACACGUGCGCGGCGCAUAUAAUCAAGGGUUCCAUCUUCUUUGGGUACGGUGUGCUCACAUUUGCCCGUUACCUCGGCGCAUACGCCGACCUUGGUUGGGCGUGGAACCGCAAGCCGGCCGGCUCUCGCGCUGUCUCUGCUGAGAUGGUCGAGUGCGCCGUGAUCUUUACUUACGGCGCGACCAACACGUGGAUGGAGCGCUUUGGGUCCAAGGCCGGCGACCCGUACACUGUCAAGCAGGUGCAGCACAUCAGCAUUGCAGUAAUGUUUGCGUUUGGCGGCCUUGCGGGUUGUCUCCUCGAGAGCGUUAGGGUGCGCAAGCUCCUCGGCUCGGUGAUCAGUACGAACAGCGACAACGGGCGCGUGCAAGAGCCGCCGACGUACGCGUUCUCCUUCAACCCGUUCCCGGCUCUCGUGAUCGCCAUCACGGGCCUCGCGAUGGCCGCGCACCACCAGGACUACGUGUUCCAGGUGCAGAUUCACUCGCUGUGGGGCAUUCUACUCGCUGGCGGCUCGCUCUUCCGCUUCCUCACGUACUGCUACCUGUGGCUGCGGCCACCGACCGACUCGAUGCUCCCGUCGCGCCCCCCCACAGAGGUGCUCACCAGCUUUGGCUGGGCGGCCGGCGGCAUCGUCUUCAUGCUCAGCGACGAGGAGGUAGCGUUCGCCGCGAUGCGCUCGGGCUUCGACGACGUCAUGGCGUUCCUCAACUUCACGGUCGCGCUUACGUGCCUCGUCUUUUGCUGGAUUGUUGUUGUCAUGGCUGUCAAGGGCUUUUCGCUGGUGCGGAUGAAGCGC